UUCCCCGCCAAACAUCAGAGUAGCCGCGGAUAUAUUGGUCAGCAUGACGCGGUUGGGGUCAGGCGUGUGGGUGUACAUAAUGGAUGUAUCGCGUCCACCUUUUGCGGGGUUCUAAACUUCUAUCGCAGCACUUUCAAAUCACUCCUUGCGUUUUCUACUCAAUCCACCGCUUAAACAUCCUACGCAGACGCGCUCAAAGCCUCAAACAUGGGGAAAUUAUCUGCGGCUACAGUGAAGAGUCUUCAACAGGUGACGGAUGAGUCCUGCGCGGAUCGCGAGAAUGGCAUCCCUGGGGUCAAUGUCGUGGUCGUGGACAAGGGUGGAGAAGAGCUGUUUGCGCACGCAGCGGGACAUCGCGGGGUUGGGUCCUCAGAGCCUAUCACCCUCGACAGCAUCUUCUGGAUUGCUUCUUGCACCAAGAUGAUCACUGGCAUAGCUUGUAUGCAACUCGUUGAGCAGGGAAAAUUGGCCUUGGACGACUCGGCGCAGGUAGAGAAGAUUUGUCCUGAGCUCAAAGCGGUUGGAGUCUUGCAAGAUGAUGGGACGAUAGUGGAAAAGAAGAGAGGCAUCACUCUGAGAAUGUUGCUCACUCAUACUGCUGGGUUCGGGUACACUUUCUUCAACACCAAGCUUCGGGACUACAACAAGCCAAUUGGCUACGACGAAUUUUCGGGGCAUAUUUAUGAUAUAACGCAGCCACUCGUUCAUCAGCCAGGGGAGGGAUGGCAAUACGGUGUUGGAAUCGAUUGGGCCGGCAUCCUUCUCGAACGUGUAACGGGUCUAUCCCUAAAUGAUUACAUGAAGAAGCAUAUAUUCGAACCCCUCGGCAUAGAGAACAUCUCGAUGUUCCCUACAGAAUCCAUGAAAGCCCACCUGGCACACAUGCAGUUUCGGAACCCUGAUGGAACACUUUCGCCAUAUGAUCAUCCUCAUCGCCGUCCUUUGAUUGUCACCACUGAGGAAGAGAAGAAGGGAGUUCUCAACAGUGGAGGCGCUGGAUGUUUUGCCAAACCCCGCGAAUAUGCUCAGAUCCUAGCCACACUACUCAACGACGGCAAAUCGCCCAAGACGGGCGCUCAAAUCCUCCAGAAAGCCACGGUCGACGAAAUGUUCCGCAACCAGAUCCCGCAAUUCCCCGACUUUGGUCGCCAGGGAAUCCCCGAUGCGAAGAACUGGCUUACGAACCCCGUCCCGGACAUCUAUCCGAUUCCUGACAAUAAGCCCCAGGGCUGGGGCCUCACGUUCAUGAUCUCGGGGGGCCCUUCGGGGCGAUCUGCGAGCACGGGUUGGUGGGCGGGUCUUUGCAAUUGCUGGUGGUGGUGUGAUAGGGAGAAGGGGGUCGCGGGGAUAGUCACCACACAGAUCUUACCCUUCGUAGACGUGAAGGUUCUUAAUUUGUGGGCCAACGUCGAGACGGCUGUGUACAAUGAACUCAGGCAGUAG